GGGUCCUGAGUCGUGAUGUGAUAGGUCUGGAUUUCAGUGCAGUGCAGUCUCCUUCAGCUCGCCCUCCAACCGGUGACGCCUGGCUCGGCCGUGCGUUGUGAGAAACAUCUCUGAUAAAGUCACUUUAUUUUACCGCUAGCCCCAUCUCCUACUGAUACAAUGGCUGUGCCUCCCUGCUAUGCUGACCUGGGCAAGUCUGCCAAAGACAUCUUCAACAAAGGCUAUGGCUUUGGCUUGGUGAAGCUCGAUGUCAAGACGAAGUCAGCCAGUGGAGUGGAAUUCAAAACAUCUGGUUCCUCCAAUACUGAUACCAGCAAAGUUGCAGGCAGUCUGGAAACUAAAUACAAGAGGUCAGAAUACGGCCUGACGUUCACUGAGAAGUGGAACACUGACAACACCUUGGGAACAGAAAUCACUAUUGAAGAUCAGAUUGCCAAGGGACUGAAGUUGACUUUUGACACCACCUUCUCGCCAAACACUGGCAAGAAGAGUGGGAAAGUCAAGACUGCCUACAAGCGUGAGUACGUUAACUUGGGCUGUGAUGUUGACUUUGACUUCGCUGGCCCCACCAUCCAUGGAGCUGCUGUCGUUGGCUAUGAGGGGUGGCUCGCCGGUUACCAGAUGUCAUUUGACACUGCCAAAUCCAAGAUGACUCAGAAUAACUUUGCCAUUGGCUACAAGACAGGCGACUUUCAGUUGCAUACCAAUGUCAAUGACGGCGCAGAGUUCGGAGGCUCCAUCUACCAGAAAGUGAGCGACAAGCUGGAGACGGCAGUCAACCUGGCCUGGACCGCUGGCAGUAACAGCACACGCUUUGGUAUUGCAGCUAAAUACCAGCUUGACAAGGAUGCCUCCAUCAGUGCUAAAGUGAACAACAAUAGCCUUGUUGGUGUUGGGUACACCCAGACACUUAGACCAGGUGUGAAACUCACCCUGUCCGGUCUGGUUGACGGAAAGAACAUCAACGCAGGAGGCCACAAGCUGGGCCUGGGCUUGGAACUGGAAGCCUAAGUUUUCUUCAUACUGCAAGGGACUAGGGAAUAUCAGAAGAAUCUGGCCUUAAAUGUAUGUCCAACUCAAACCAGCAAGGGGGAUAUCUUUGGAGAGAUUGUUUCAAAGGCUACGACAACAAACUCUUAACUUGUUGAGUACCAAGCUUCCAAGUUGGUGCUUCUAUCAUUGGUAUAUUUUACCUUUGUUGCUUUUUACUUUGUAGUUGCAUCUAUUCAAGAGAAAGUUGGUGGCAUGUUAUUUAUAAAUUAUGUCAUUCUGCCUGACCAGUACUGCCAUAAUAAUGAAAUCCAAUACAAUCCCUUUGCUGUCAUCAUGUCUGUGUGGCUUUGUUGUGUUAAUCCCAGACACAUUUUUUUUUUCUGUGAGAACCUUCUGAUUUUUCAGCCGCAACUAUCUGAUAUUCCUUUGUCAUCUACAGUUUCAAAAUCAUAUUAAGUACUCAAUGCUUUUUUUUCUGCUAUUAUUUAAAUAUUGCUCACCCCUCCUGUUCAUGCACACAAGGACAUACAAAAGUUCUAAUAUUUUGUUUUGCGUCAGCCGUCAGGGUUUGUGAUGUUCUGUUAAAGCUCCCUUUAAACUGGGCAGUUUUUGGGUUGCUUCAGGUUGGGUCUGGAAGUAUGAGAGAAGCCUGUACACUUGGCCGACCAAGCAGAAUUACUUUUUGUUCAUUCUGUACUAAAAUACAGCGGGGUGACACACAUAAUUAAUUUUCAUAGUAAUGCCAAACUAUCAUUGUCUGGAAGAGGUGCAACUUGAAGUCGCUUCUGUGUAUUCAGAAAGUUCCUCCCUGUACUGUCAGUGACGGAGCCCACAGGAAGUGUUGGAGGUCCUUAUGUGUAUGUAUGAGUUUUCAAUAAAGUCUUUGAACUCCA